UAUAUUUCCUUUCCCUUUUUCCCUCUCUUGUGAGCGGCCGGUUUGUAGAGAAAUUCCGGUUAAUUUGGGUAGAGUGUGAGCGUGAUCAAUGACUUCCAUUUCAAAGAAGCGCCCAAAACCCAAGUCUUCGGGCUCUUCAAAUUCUUCGCUCAAAUCAGUCUCUCUCUGGGAACCACCCGAUGAUUUGUUUCCCUCCAAAGACGACAUCUUCAGGCUCGUCACCGCCGUGGCGAUCGCCGUCUCCGUCUUCUUAAGCUGCAGCUUCUUCUUCUCCGCUCGUCACCCAAAGCCCUUCUGCGAUAGCGCCUCUGACGCCUCGGAUUUUCUCUCUGAUAAUUGUGAACCUUGCCCAAAUAAUGGGCAAUGUUAUCAAGGCAAGUUGGAGUGUGUUCGAGGAUAUAGGAAGCACGGAAAUUUAUGUGUUGAAGAUGGGGAUAUUAACCAAACAGCUAAGAAACUUUCGCAGUGGGUACAGCUUCGACUUUGCGAAUCUUAUGCUCAAUAUUUGUGUGGUGGGACUGGGAUGAUUUGGGUUCCGGAGAAUGAUAUGUGGAGUGUCUUAGAUGGGGACAAGUUGACAGAAUAUGUUGGCUCGUACAAUGCCGUAAAUAACUACACAAAGCAUAAAGGAAUGGAAACCAUUGGUAAAGUAUUAGAGACUAGGACAAAUUCUCAAGGGGUCAGAGAGUUCAAGUGUCCUGAUGUUCUUGUAGAAAGCUACAAACCAUUUUCCUGUCGCGUGCAUCAAUGGAUCUCCAACAAUGUGCUAGUGAUCUUGCCAGUUUGUGUGCUGAUUGCGGGAUUCUUAUUUCUUGUCAUGAAGGUCCGGCAGAGGUUAUAUCUGUUAAAAAGAGUUGAUGAGCUUUAUCAACAGGUUUGUGAAAUACUUGAAGAGAACGCCUUGACGUCAAAGGGAAGAAAGGGAGAACUUGAAUCCUGGGUUGUUGCCUCUAGGUUGCGGGAUCAUCUUCUUUCACCUAAAGAGAGGAAGAAACCUGCGUUAUGGAAGAUGGUUGAGGAGUUGGUGCAGGGAGAUUCUCGUGUAGAACGUUAUCCGAAGCUCGUUAAGGGUGAAUCUAAAGUGGUGUGGGAAUGGCAAGUUGAAGGAUCUUUGAGCUCUACAAGGAUGAGGCAAAAGGGUGAGGAAAGCAAGCUGAAAUCCCCGGCGAGCAUUGCCUUAAGUUCCGAUCAGCACCACCCCACAUUAAAGACUGAGACUAAGGGGCUGCUUUAUUAAUGUGGGGACAUGUCUUUAUGCAAUGCACAGCUUCUGAUGCCUGCUUUCUUUGUCUCUCAUGUUUGAUUCGUAUUAUAUGCUUUUCUGGUUCCUACAAUUCCUUGGUAUAGAUAUAUUUUUGACUAUAUUGGCACUUGGCAGGAUCGUUGUGUGGGCCUGUAGUUACUUGGGAAUAAGAUAUUUGGUUUAUAUCUUCACGUUUAUUUUGCAGUUUAUUUCGUUUAUGUUUCCCUCACUAUAUAAUGUAUUCAUUUUUUCAUCAAGGAGCAGAAAAGGUGAAGGAAACAAAAAUAAUAAUAAUAA